GCAUAUAUUAUUUUAGUCUCGCUUUGGCGAACAUUGAUGCACAUGACCUUUCGCCGACUGUCGUUCUAAACCACCGCGGAAGCUUUAGCUGAUACGUCAUUUUGUCCUCAACCUGUGAUAACGGUAAAUUCUUUUCGAUCGUUCAUCAAUCUCCGAUCAACUUGGAACAAUCAGUUAAUUGCUGGCAACUGUGACAAGCACAGCUCAAGGCACAUGGAUCACCGAAUGCGAUCUCUAUUCCUUUUAUUUCAAGUUGUGGCCUUUUCAAGGACUGAUAAAGAUGAUUUGCAAACAAGGCCGAUCGGCAAAGAAUGGAAAGAUUGGAAAAUAACAGGAACACCUACUGGGUGGACUCCGUCAAAAGAUGCAUCUUUGAAUGAAAGAUACACGUGCUGUAAGAUCACUGAGCAACAACCAGAUUCCUGGCUGAGAAGUAAUCCCAUCACAGUCCCAAACAAAGUUCAAAAAGUUGAUAUUACUCUUCAGUAUAGUUUAAGAAACUGCACAGUACUUGGUGGAGAUGAUUUCUGUAGAGAACAUUUCGAAUUUUACGUGCAUCAGUCCGGCAAUUCAACGGUACCUGACCCUUUCAAAAACAAUGCCACUUAUGAAAGGAUUACUGAAAUAACUUCGCCGAUCCUUGGCAUCAAUGCCAAAGUCAUGAAAACUGUUGCUGUUGAAGUGAAAGGAAAGUACAUCGUUCUGGCUUUUCACGACAAGGGCUCUUGCAGCGUCAUUUAUUCUGUUAUUGUCAGUUAUUUCUUCUGCCCAGAAUAUACCGUUGUUAGUGGCUUGGUUUCGUUUCCACGCUCCAUGGCUCCAGCAAAUAGCUCUGAGCUAGUUGUAGGUAGCUGUGUUACAAAUGCCUUAUACAAUCAAGGUAAUCUAACAGUGAACUGCCGAAGCGAUGGAGUAUGGACCAUCAGUUCACUGAAGGGAAGAUGUAUAUGCAGAGAGGACAUGGAGAAUAGUGGGGGAGAAUGCAAAGACUGUCUCAAGGGGAAAUACAACGACCAGAGUGGCCUUAAUUGCACAGUUUUACCAUCAACUCCAAGGAAUGGCCACACAACCUUCGUUAACCAAAGUACAUUAGGGUUACAAUGGGACCCCCCAGAAGUUACUGGUGAUCACACCCAGGUGUGGUAUGAUGUUGACUGCCGUAAGCCAUGUGACAGUGAUGACGAAAACAAUUGUGUGGUGGAUAAAGCUUGCGGGAGUGACGUCAUUUUCUUACCAUCUAUGGUGAAAUUAAACACAACUCAAGUCAUCGUCGGAAACCUGUCUUCAUUUAUAAACUACACUCUCAAAAUCUAUGCCAGAAAUAGAGUGAGCGAGGUUUCUAAAAGUAAACAUAAAUUGGAAGGAUUCUUCGAGACAAUUAUCGUAAGGACUAAUGGAUCAGUUCCAGGUAUACCGGAAGUGUCCAUUAAACAACCGAAAACAACUGUCGUUGUCUCCUGGACACUAGAGAAAAAAAAUGGAGUUAUUAAGGUGUACGACGUGACAUACAUUAAUGCGAAUGAUACAUCAGAUACCAUGACUCGUCAGACGAAAACAGCAGAAAUGAAGUUUGAUUUAAAGGCAGGAAAGACUUACCAAUUCAAGGUAUUUGCCAUAAACGGCCACGGAAGGGGACCAGCUGGCACGAGGACGUUUACUUUAAGAAACGACAACUCGAAGAAAUUGCAGCUUAUUGCUUUCAUAGCUGGAGGAGCAGGAGCACUGUUGCUUAUCAUUCUGGUAGUGGUCAUUAUUGUCUGCGUUGUAUCUCGUAGAAGGAAAAGUAAAAAGAGUGUAGAGCAAGCUUAUAUGGAAGCCCUUCAGCAAGGAAGUGAACUUCAAACCACGAAUCCCCAAGACCAGCGAACCUAUAUCAACCCUAAUAACUACAUCGACUUGCAAGAACUUUUGACAUCAUUCGCGACUGAACGAAAAAGAAGAGACAUUAAACUCGAAGGAGUUAUCGGAUCAGGGGAGUUUGCGGAUGUCUACAAAGGAAUAUUAAAAUCUCGUGAAGGCAAAGAGGUGGUUGCUGUGAAAGUCUUAAGGCCUGGUUCCAGCGAGAAAAAUCAAAAAGAUUUUCUUUCCGAGGCGUCCCUUAUGGGGCAGUUUGAUCAUCCAAAUGUUAUCCGCCUCAUCGGAGUGGUGACGCAGAGUAGACCAAUGAUGAUUCUAACAGAAUUCCUGGAAAGUGGGUCAUUGGAUCACUUUUUAAAGGACCGAAAUGGUCAGCUGACGAGCCUUCAGUUGGUUGGAAUGGCAAGAGGUGUGGCUCACGGAAUGAAGUACCUGUCAGAAUUAAAUUUCAUUCAUAGGGAUCUGGCCGCUCGCAAUGUCCUUGUGGGUGAAAACAUUUUGUGUAAAGUAUCAGAUUUUGGCCUUUCAAGAGAACUGGCUGACCACGAUGAAGCACAAGCUGAAUAUACGACACAAGGGGGCAAGAUUCCAGUUCGUUGGACAGCCCCAGAGGCACUUCAGCAUCGGACAUUCAGUUCAGCCAGUGAUGUUUGGAGCUUUGGCAUUCUAAUGUGGGAGAUCAUGUCAUAUUGUGACAGACCUUACUGGAAUUGGGACAAUUUCGAUGUUAUCAAGCGAGUGGAAACUGGAUACAGACUACCAGCUCCACAGGGAUGUCCGCAAAUCGUCCACAGUUUAAUGAUCGAAUGCUGGCAUAAAAACAAAACCCAACGGCCCAAUUUUUCUGACAUUGUCAAUCGCCUGGAUGAACUUAUUCGAUCCCCGGAAUUUUUAAGUGGUGAUUCAUCAUCUUUCUCAGAGAGUCCUAAAGCAAGCCAUACCCCAGAUUUCCAGUCAGUGGACGAGUGGCUAAAACACAUCAACAUGGAUAAGUAUUCUGAAUUAUUCCGAAAAGCAAGAAUUGAUGAUAUGAACAAAGUCACUGAACUGAAUGACAAACAAAUGAGAGAAAUGGGUAUCAGCUUGAUUGGGCAUCGAAAUAAAAUGCAAAAGAGUAUCAAUGCUAUGAAAUCACAACAUUAUAACAAGGGCAUGGAUACAGACUAGAUGCCCUAAUGAAAUCAAGAAAAUGCAAUAUCGGGAACGUUUUCUGCUUGUAACUGAGCUUGUGAUCAGUAAGCAGGAGGAAAUUACUACCGUAUCACGAACGAAUGUUGUCAUAUAUCUAAUUUUUUAAUGGACAGUGCCAAGUUGUUCAAAGGUGGGUUAAGAUAACCAAGGGUUAGGGUGAAAAUUGAUUUCAAAUCUGAAAGCUUUAAAAAAACACUUCAGUUAAUUCCAUUUAUUUACAAUUUGAUAAUUGAAUGCUCUAAAAAAUUGGAGAAAUCAUACCGAAACGGCUUUUGAGCAGAGAAAUAUAGAAACCUGGAUUAAGAAUGAAACCUGGGUUAGCGCUAAUCGGCUUUCGAACAACUGGGCCCUGGUCAUUAUCUAUCGCAUGAGAGGGGUGGGGAGUAUCACAUUAAAAUUUUUCUAACCUCCCCUUAGGCUCUGUCGUAUUUUAAUUUAAUGAUUCCUCCCUCCCUUAUGGGAAGUCAAUUUUCUAUAGUCCCCCCCUUUAUACUUUAUCAGCGAUGACUGAUCCCUCUUUCGUUUUUCAUUACGUUAUGGAAAGAGUUGCCAAAUUCCUUUAAUUAUAUUAUAUUUAAUAGUAAAAAUUUCAUAUGACUUUUCCUUAACUAAAAAAAAGAGAGACUCCGUCUUUAGUUCACCUUAUCAUAACGGGAGGUAUUUGAAUAUAGUGAUGGUACACGUAACAAGUACUACAAAACUUUUAUACUCAAGUGUUAUAAUCCAAACAAAAUAUGCCACUUUGAAACUAAGGAAUCAAAAUUUGGGCUCUAGCAUAGAGAAUUUCUGUUUUAUAAUGCCGAGAUACAUAUUUACGUAUGACAGUCUGAGUCUUUUUGCAAAAAAAAUAAGAAUUCGUGGGUGUUUUUACUGUGAUAUGCAUGUAGGUUAUAACUUAGAACUAAAAUAAUCUAUCACAGAAAAGUUUUGUACUUGACUAUCCAAUAAUGUUUUUGUUUAAGUUUGAUCGUUUUUUUUUCACUCUACUGACAGUUGCAUCAAUUUCAAUUAUUCCAUUUUUUAUUUCAAUAGCCUACGUUGAAAUGAUAUUGUAAUAGGUGAUUUGCAACCAAUCUCUAGAGACACAGGUAACAAGGGUGAAAGGAACAAAGGCUGGUGGACGAACAAAAGAAGCUAAUGAGAUAUCUAUUGUUUACGUCCACCAACAUGGCGGCAAUGACGUAACGUGCAAACCUCCUAUAGGAGACAAUGGUUUGGAACUUUUAGGAAAGAAGAAUACAAAUAAAGGGGAAAAUUUCUGGUUUGAAAUCUGUUAAACGAAAUUCUACGGCAAAAUUGUCGAUAAAGAUCUGAGCACGUAUUUUACAAUCCAAAAUAAGAAAGAAAGGCACCGGUAACAAAAAAAUAAUUUUUCCUGGUUGAUGCAGAGCUUCCUAAAUUACACUAAGCUUGGCAUAACUAGUUCAGAAAACUAUAAUUCAAUGUAACAAGGAUGUUUUAAUACAAUUGCGACUAUUGCGACUAUUGCGACUAUUACACGCGAGGGAAGCUUAACCUAGUAUUGCGUCACCACUUCGUUCAGUAAAUCUGCUAAGUAAGUUUAUUCAUAUUUGUCAUGAAAAACCAAUAAAUGAGAAUAAAUAUUUUC